AUGGGAUUAGGAGAUAAAUUACACGAUACCGCAGAAAAAGUUCAACUUCGUUUAAGUAACCUUACCAACGUUGGCUCAUCUGACCCUGAACAAGAUCAUAAAGUCAAGUCUAACGAUGACUCGUAUGAAGAUUAUAAACACUUCACGUCAAAUGAAGUUGAGAGGGAGAAUGAAAGAGGACAUCCGAAGAAAGCUUCAUUGGCGAAGGAUGUUGAUAAUGUGGAUAAAAUGGGUGGACAUGCUUUAGGUCGUCAAACUAUUUCUGGAACGGAUAAGGGCUUAGGUUCUAAAGUUUUGAAUAAGAAACAACCCGAUACUCCGGAUAGAAAGGAUAUGAGAAAAGAUGUCCCCCCUGAAGCUUUCAUGAAAGGUGAAACUACAGCAGGUAAUACUUAUGGAUUAAAUUCUAAAGGUCAAUAUGUUUCUGGAUUGGAUGACUUGGCGUUAGCUGGGGGUGAUCCGGCUAUGAAUAUGAAUUAUUAUCAUCAUUCUGCUAAUGCAAAUAUUGUUGAUAAUGACGAUCCAUUGAAUUUUCAACCUCGAUCAACAUUGGCUACAGAUAAUACUAAGUCUGAUAAGAAUGAGAUUAAAAAGAGUCAUCCAAUGGAAUCGGAAAGAAUUGCUCAUUGA